UCGCAUGCCCUGUAAGCAAUAUAUACAAGAUGGCGACGAUGCAAGGCAUGUCCUCGUCUCUUCUACGAAGGAUAUAGCAUCCGAAAAAUUAUCCACAAUGCUUUGAUAUCGUGGAUCAGGUGUUCGGUCAAUAUAUAUAUAUGAAAAUCAGGAAACCAGAUUAGUUAUUGUUAAUAAGAAAAAGACAAGAGUACACUACAAGAUGUGGGCCAAUCCUUGGCCAGCUGCUCAGAUGCAGCAAGUAUUUCAGGGAGUCCCUCAUGAGCAAGUUGACUGGGCAGCACUAGCUAAACAAUGGAUACAGCAGAAGGAAGCAGUUGGCACUGACACCACCUCUGUUCCCCCACCACCGGUGCAACAUGGAGGAGUGCCCCAACAAGCCCCUAUGCCUAGUAUGAUGAUGCACCUGCACUCUGGACCCCCGCCACCUCCACCUGUGGCUCCCUCCAAUGGAGGAGGUGGAGAUGACAUGGAGUUAGAUGACGGGGAUCAUGAAAAUGGACCCAACCAAGCCAACAGCUUCAACAAUUUUGUUGGACAAGGAAGUCAGCCCCAAGGCUGGGAAUGGGGUCUACAACAAAACUGGAGUGUGCCCCCACCUAACUGGAAUGUGCCCCAACCAUCUGUUGAAGAUGAGAAAAUUGAAUCCCAGACAUAUGAGUAUGGCCAUGGUGGAGGGUUUCAGCAGUCAUAUGAUUACAACCAUGGAGAGGAAAACUUCGACUACCAACAUGAGGGUAGCCAGGGUGACUAUCAAUCAUACUGGGGAUCUGAGGACCAAGAGAAUAGCCAUGGCAACCAAGGCUUCAACAGUCGCCAUGGUCACAACAGGUUCUCUCUGCCUCAGGGGGAAGAUAGUGGUAUAGAUGCAGCUAAGAGGAAAAAUUUGCCUGCUUGGAUUCGUGAAGGAUUAGAAAAGAUGGAAAGGGAGAAAAUAAAGAAAAUGGAGAAGGAAAGGAAAGAAAAGGAACUUCAGCAACUAAAGGAGGCUCGGGAACAGGCAGAAAAGGAAGCUGCUGCUGAGGUUCUGAAGGAGAGGGCAGGAGAGUCAGAAGGGGAACCAAGUGUGCCAAAGAAAAGCAGAUUUGAUUCUGAUAACGAGGAGGGAGAGGAGACGGAGCGCAGCAGGAGCAAGUCCAAGUCUCCAAAAAUAGAAAUCAAACCAAAGAAGAGGAGUCCUUCACCAGAAGAAGUCAAAACAGAGGAGGAAAAACAACUAGAAAUGAUAAUGAAAACAAGGAAGAUGUUGACAGAGGUUUUGUUAGAGGUGACAACGUCAGAAAUGGAGACAGUAGCUAAGGAAGUGUAUUAUAAGGAAAAGAACAGAGCUGCUAAAGCUCCGGCAAAGCAGCUAUCCAAGUCCACUGCUUUAGCAACCUUGACGGGUCUUGGUCUUGGUGGGUAUGGGACAGACAGUGACUCUGAUGCUGCAGAUGCAGACAGCCAGGAUGAGGAGAACUCGGACGUGGAGUUACAGGAGACCAUCCGGCGCAAAAAGAGGGACUUUGAGGAGAGACGCAAGAGCCAGCCCAUAUAUGAGGAAGAUGAAAUAGUGCCAGAGACUCCAGCAUUUUUGAAAGAAGCAAUGUCUGAAAAGAAAGCAAGUUACCCAUUUGAAAACAAAUAUAAUGGAAUUCCUGGUUUGGAUGUGAAACAUGAGGAAUCUGGGGAAACUGGGGAUGGGAGGGAGAGCAAGGUAGACCGAUCAAAAAAGUCCUCAGACAAACAGAGAAAGUCAAAGAAAACAAAUGAAAUUUCUAGUACAAGUUCUUCAAGUGGUAGUGAUAGUGAUUCUGAUUCAGGAAGUUCCAGUUCUUCUGCAUCCUCAGCUAAUUCAGUGUCAUCCAGUUCCCCUGAAGGGAAAGUUUCUCGGAAAAAGGAAUCUGCCUCCAAAAAGCAUGCUUCUCGUAGAUUAUCUGGUGUAGGUAAGGUAAGCAGGGAGGAUGAAAGUAGUCCAGCCGAGGACAAGGAGAGGAGGAGGAGUCGAGAUGAGGAGAGUGCAAGAAAACAUAGGUCUAGUAGACAGGACUCUAGGAAGUCUAGAGGGAAUGAGGGAAGGGAUAGACGGGAGAGGUCACAUAGCCGGGAGGGGUACAGGGAUGAUAGAGAGGAAAGUAGGGACAAAUACAGAGAGGAUAGUGAAAGUCGUGAAAGGGAAUCAAACCGAAGACAUAGCAAACAUAGUAGGGACCAACGACGACACAAAAGUAGGUCACGUUCUUAUGAUAGGGAUGAUAGACAUUACAGGAGUAGGUCAAGAUCAUUGGAUAGGGACAGGGAAAAACGUAGGCGAAAGGAGAGGAGUUCAAGUAGGGAUAAAAGGGAUAGGGAACGUGGGAGGUCACGAGAAAGGUAUGAUGAACAUCGCAGCAGCAAAUCCAAGUCUAAAUCAAAGAAAAGGAAGCAUUCUGUGUCGGAGGAUGAUAGUGAUGGUUAUGUCAGGCACAGCAGCAGUAAACAUAAGAAAUCCUCUGGGAAAUAUUCAAGGAGUUUAUCACAAGACUCUCGUUCCAGUAGCAGGAAGGCACGUAGGGAGAAAUAUCAGGAUGAUAAGGCUAGGAGAAGCAGCGGUAAGAAGUCCGGUCGCAAACAAAGGUCUAGAUCAAGAUCAAGGUCGUACUAAAUAGGAGAUUGGCCAGGACAAGGAAAUAAUGCAUUUGAAAGUUGGCAUGAAAUACCAGUAGUGUAACAAGGACCUUAUAUGUGCUGUGUGAUUUCAAACAGUUUAACUUACAUGCUUGACAUUACAAAUACAUAGAUGUUGAAGACAUGGAUGUGUACACACAAAAGACCUUUUAAUCUUUUGAUAAUCAACUUCAAAUUUGAUGUACAAAUUUUAUACUGGAAUAAAAUUCCUUACCACAG